GAACAUCUCCUACACAGGAUGUGCUGCACAGGUCUUUUUCUUUCUGUUCUUCAUUUCAUCAGAGCUUUUCCUCCUGACCAUCAUGUGCUAUGACCGCUACGUGUCCAUCUGCAAACCCCUGCACUAUGGGACUCUCCUGGGCAGCAGAGCUUGUGCCCACAUGGCAGCAGCCACCUGGGCCAGUGUCUUUCUCUAUUCACUGAUGCACACAGCCAAUACAUUUUCCCUUCCCCUGUGCCAUGGCAACACCCUGGGCCAGUUCUUCUGUGAAAUCCCACAGAUCCUCAAGAUCUCCUGCUCCAAAACUUAUAUCAGGGAAUUUGGCCUCAUUGCAGUUAGUACUUGUUUAGCCUUUGGCUGUUUUGUGUUCAUUGUUUUCUCCUAUGUGCAGAUCUUCAGGGCUGUGCUGAGGAUGCCCUCUGAGCAGGGACGGCACAAAGCCUUUUCCACCUGCCUCCCUCAUCUGGCCGUGCUCUCCCUGUUCAUCAGCACUGCAGCAUUUGCACAUCUGAAGCCCCCGUCCAUGUCCUCCCCAUCCCUGGAUCUGGCCCUGUCAGUUCUGUACUCGGUGGUUACUCCAGCCCUGAACCCACUCAUCUACAGCCUGAAGAACCAGGAGCUCAAGGCUGCAGUGUGGAGACUGAUCACUGGAUGCUUUCAGGAACAUUAAACUGGUAGUCAAUUUCUGCCAAUCACUUCUACUAUAAGACAUCUUUCAUACUUCUUGUUGCUUUGGUUGUGGUUUGUUCUUAUUUCCUUUGUAUUAGUUUUUCAUAUUGUCCCCAAAGAAAUGUCAUUGUUUUUGCCAUUUCUCAUUUUGUUUCUC